UGAAAAGGUCCUUAAUUUUUUCCAACCUAAAUUGGGAAAAAGUAGCUGAUUUGGACUUUCAGUUCAGCUGGUUUCCAACCAACAACAGAAGCUAUCAUCAAAAAAAAAAAAACAACAGCAGAAGCUUAAAAGCAUGGCCCCUCGAAUGCUGCUUCCCGCUUUCAGAAACCGUUCUAUCACUUCACGCAUAAUCGGCAACUAUCGUUCACUUAAGACAUUGGUUGUGGCCGAACAUGAAGGGGGCUAUAUCAAGAGUUCAUCAUUAAGUGCGAUAGAGGCAGCCAAGUAUUUGAGCAGUGAUAGCCCUAUAUCUUUAUUACUGGCUGGGUCAGGUCCUUCAAUGAAGGAGUCUGCUUCAACUGCUGCAUCAUGUCUUGCUUCAGUUUCUGAGGUUCUUAUUGCUGAUUCUGAAAUAUUUGAAAAACCUCUAGCAGAACCAUGGGCUAAGCUAGUCCAGUUAGUUCACCAGAAAGGUAGCUACUCACAUAUAAUAUCAGCAUCAAGUUCAUUUGGGAAAAGCAUACUACCACGUGCAGCUGCCCUUCUGAAUGUUUCUCCAAUCACUGAUGUCACUGAGAUUUGUGGACCUCAUCUCUUUGUCAGGCCAACAUAUGCAGGAAAUGCUCUUUCUACUGUUCAGUAUACUGGCCCCAUGCCUUGUAUGCUGACCAUCAGGGCUCCAUCUUUUCCGACAGGUUUAGCAGAUAAUUCAAAACCUAAUGCUGCUUCCAUUGACCAGGUUGAUAUAUCUACCUUGAAUGAAGAUAGCGCAGUUGGCAAAUCAAGAUAUAUACAACUUUGCUCUCAAAAUACAGAGCGCCCCGAUUUGGGAAAUGCAUGUAUUGUAGUUACAGGGGGGCGGGCUCUGAAAAGUGCUGAGAAUUUUAAAAUGAUUGAGAAGCUUGCAGAGAAACUUGGGGCUGCAGUUGGUGCGACUCGUGCAGCAGUUGAUGCGGGAUAUGUUCCUAAUGAUCUCCAGGUUGGGCAGACUGGUAAAAUUGUUGCUCCAGAAUUAUAUAUGGCUUUCGGUGUUUCUGGAGCUAUUCAACACAUAGCUGGCAUGAGAGAUUCCAAAUUCAUUGUUGCUGUUAACAAAGAUGCAGAUGCACCCAUAUUUCAGGUGGCAGACUAUGGGCUUGUAGGAGACCUUUUUGAGGUCAUACCAGAGUUGUUAGAGAAGCUUCCCGAGAAGAAGUAGAAGCCAAAUUUAUUAAUUAGAAAGAGUGGCACAGUGAUUAUUGUAGUAGAGAGGGCAUUUUACACUCACGACGAAACUCUCAUGUAUUUCUUUCCUAAUAAAUUUUAUCUUGGAUUUGCAACUACGG